AUGAUGUUCCAACCGUCAGUUCGGAUGUCAAGACUAACUUGUUGCACAUCCUCAGUUAUUGACAGGACAACUUCAUUUGGAAUAGCAUUUGAUAUUGAUGGAGUUGUUCUUCGUGGGAAGAUCCCAAUUGGAAAUUCAGCCAAAGCUCUCAAGAGACUCUAUCAUGAUUCUGGAACUUUGAAGAUUCCGUUUCUGUUUUUGACAAACGGAGGUGGCAUCCCGGAGUCUAGAAGAGCCUUUGAUUUGAGUGAAAUUCUGGGAAUUAGGAUUUUACCUUCUCAGAUCGUCCAGGGGCAUUCAUCAUUUAGAAGCCUUCUCGCCAGGUAUGAAAAUGAUUUUAUUGUUGCCACUGGAAAAGGGGAACCUUCUGUGGUGAUGUCUGAGUACGGUUUCAAGAAUGUUGUUUCGCUGGAGGAGUAUGCUUCAUACUUUGAUCAUAUUGACCCCGUUGCUCAAUACAAAAGCUGGACAACCAAGGACAAGAAAGCCUAUGAUGUUGCCCCUGAUAGAGUGAAGGCUGCAUUCGUUAUCAGUGAUCCUGUUGAUUGGGGCAGAGAUAUUCAGGUCCUCUGUGACAUUUUAACCUCCGGAGGUCUUCCUGGAGGAGAGAUUCAGGAGAAUGAGCAUCAGCCACCCUUGUAUUUUGCUGCAGAUGAUCUUGAGUAUCAGGCUUCAUUUCCUUCUGAGCGACUUGGUAUUGGUGCAUUCAGAAUUGCCCUUGAAAGUAUCUUCACCAGAAUUCACCACAAGCCCUUGGAAUCCACAGUUUUUGGCAAACCAAAACCAUUUGUUUUCAAGAAUGCUGAAGUUAUUCUGAGACAGCUAUGGGAAUCCUCAUGUCAUGGUAGUGCCGUAGAUGAAGAUGGUGACUUCUCAACACGUUCCUUUAAGACACUGUAUAUGAUUGGCGACAAUCCUUCUGUGGAUAUCAAAGGUGCUCAGCAGGCAGGACAUCCUUGGUUUUCAAUUCUGACUAGAACAGGUGUAUUCCGGCAAAGGGAGAAUCAUGCCGAAUAUCCAGCUGAUUUGGUUGUAGACACAGUUGAAGAAGCGGUUCAGUUCAUUUUAGAAAGGGAGGGAGCUUGUUAG